GUAGGAGGAAGAGGCGAGCGCACCUAUGUAGUUACAAAGUGUAGUUACAAAGUUACUCAUUAACUUGUCCUUCACAACAUGAUUUUUACUGCAUGGCAAUAUUGACUGAAGCCAGGUCUGGUGUAGUACCAUUGGGUAAAAGCUAGUGAAAGUAGGAGGAAGAGGCGAGCGCACCUAUGUAGUUACAAAGUUACUCAUUAACUUGUCCUUCACAACAUGAUUGAGGCGAACGCACCCCUUCCAACCUUUGCACAACAUACCUCCAUUUCAUAGCAAAGGCGAAAACAAACGUUCAGUGACAAUGCUGCUUCAAUGUGAGCUAUAAGGAAGAGGGUCAUAUCGGGACCUGGGUUUCAGGUACAUACAGACCAGGCUGACCAGGAAGUGGUGGAACCAUGGGGUCCUGGGGCCCCGGUCUGUGUGUGGUUUUGUGUUUCUGGGGAACAGUUAGUGGGAACACACUUGACGGUCACACUGUUGGCCCGUGUACUGUCAAUACUGGCACGGCAUCAUUUAACUGCAGUUGGAGGAAACUGUCCCAUAUUCCAACAGAGAUAUGGAACAAUGCAACUGCACUGGACCUCUCUCAGAACCACCUGAACCUUACUAACCCUCAACACCUCAGACAACUACAGAGGUUGGAUCAGCUUGUUAACCUAAAUCUCUCAGGAAACUACCUCCCUCUGCUGGAGAAAGGCCACCUGUGCAACCUGCCCUUCCUGCAGAUACUAGACCUCAGUGGUUGCCGACUGACCUCCAUAGAGGCUGGAGCUCUGCAGGUCUUACCCAGGUUAGGGAAGCUGUUUCUGGGGCACAACAGACUGCAAGGCCCCCUGUCUGUUUCUGCUCAAACUAUAUCCUUCCUGGAUCUCCAUGGGAACCAAGAGCUUGACCAUGAGUCUGAUGAUUCGUUGACAGGAAUCAGAAGACCAUUCCAUAGGAAACUGUUAACAGUGGACCCUGAACAUCCCAGCCCAACUCCAAAUAACACAAUGACUACAACUAAUGGCGGUGAGGACGGUGGUCAGAGCCGUUUCUCCAAAAGCUGGCAGUACCUGGUAGCAGUCCUGGUGACGGCCAUCUCCCUCUCCCUCCUCAUCGUUGGCCUGGCCAAAUGCCAGCUGGUCCGCCGCUACCUGGCUAGCUACCGCCACACCCGGCUGAUCGAGGGGGACACAGCCAGACAGUGUGACCCCAACAGCCUGGAGGUAGGCUUCUCCAUGCAUGAGCAUGGGGGACAGGGACGGAGCCCCCACCCUGCUGCUGUCCCCCAGGGAGAGAUGGACAUGGAGGAUGAGGAGGAGGAGGAUGAUGAUGGCUUCAUAGAGGAUAACUACAUACAAGCCAGUGAGAGGGAGAGGGCUAAGAGGGCACUGGAACUGCAGGAAGAGGAGGAUGACCUGGUAUUUUCCAUUGGCUAGGAGAGGUGGAAUGGGAGGGGAGAGAAAGAGAGAUUAGAGACACAGACAGACAGACAGACAUACAGAGAGAGAGAGAGAGAGAGAGA